AUGACCACGCGUCCAGCCAUUCACCUCAGCCAGUGGCCCAAGUCGUUUGAAACUUCCUGGAACAGCUCGCGCAAGCUGGGGAAACGGAAGAAGCGCGUCAAUCUCACCUCACCUUUUACUGUAAUACCAACAUUUAGCAUCAAUCCAAACAGCUCCGUCUUACGACCGACCACACCCAAGCUGCAUGCUCUCUCAUGCCUCCACUUAUCUUUUCCUUUGACAAAUCUUAGCCGGAAGGGUGCCAUCAAGUUCUGCCAGCCGUCAAAACAUUUCGAGUCCGUCUCCCACGCCUUCUGGGGCCACUGCCGAGAAAAGAGCUGGAAAAGAGCUUGCACUCGUCUCGGUCCCUCCGUCGCUAUGGGGAGCUCAAGAAGGCUGGCGAGAUGCCUUGGUCUCGCCGCGUCUCUUACCUCCCUCUUCUCUCCCGCAACAGCCCAGCUCAGUGAGUCCGAUGGACUCCUCAUUAUCAGCGGCACUGGAGGAACCUUCUUCACACAACCCGCCACCCCGACUGGCCCAUACACGACCUACACAUCGAGAAUCACCCUCUCUGGCGAUGUGUACGAACCAUCAGGCUCUGUCAUGUCUGAUGGCAGCACAACUACCACCACGAGGGUGCCCAUCUCGCGCCACGAAGAUUACACGGUCAUCACCGGCCGAGAGACCACGACCACCUCCUUGAGCGGCAACUUCUCCAUCACGCCCACGACCACUAGCACCACCGAGCAACCUACCAACACGCGCCCGUGCAACAACUACGUCGAGUUCUGCGAUCGCAAGUGGAGCAACAUCACCUAUAUCGGAUGCCACAACUCGCCCUUUGUGCGUCCUGGAAACGCUGCCUCCAACCAGGAGCUCGAGGUCACUGCCCAGCUCAACGACGGUGUUCGUUUCCUCCAGGCCCAGAUUCAGUUCGCUCCGAAUGAUACCGAGCCGCACUUUUGCCACACCUCGUGUGAUAUGCUUGAUGCCGGUCCCAUCACGCAAUGGCUGACCACUGUAAGGGAGUGGGUGCAAGCCCACCCCUUCGAUGUGGUAACCAUUCUCCUGGGCAACGGCAACCACUCAGACCCGUCGUUGUAUGCGCCCUACAUCGAGUCCUCGGGCCUCACCCAGUACGCCUACGAGCCCCCGUACCUGCCCAUGACUCUCGACGACUGGCCCACCCUAGCCGAGCUCAUCAUCCGCAGCAAGCGCGUCAUCAUGUUCAUGGACUACAUGGCCGACCAGCGCCGCUACCCCUGGCUGCUCGACCAGUUCUCCCAGAUGUGGGAGACCCCGUUCAACCCGCAGGACCGCAACUUCCCCUGCAGCGUGCAGCGCCCGCCCGGCCUGGGCCCGGACGCCGCCCGCGACCGGCUCUACCUCCUGAACCACAACCUCAACGCCGAGUACAACCUCUUCGGCGGCUCGAUCCUCGUGCCCGCCGUGUCGCUGCUCAACGAGACCAACAACGUCACCGGCUACGGCUCCCUCGGCGCCUCCACCCACGGCUGCGUCGCCGACUGGGGCCGGCCCCCCAACGUCCUCAACGUCGACUACUACAACUACGGCGGCUACCCCGGGAGCGUCUUCGAAGUCGCCGCCAUGUUCAACAAUGUGACGUACGACCGGGAGUGCUGCGGCAAGGACGCCAGCGCCGGCCCUGGUCGUCCUCGUGUCUCGGCGGCUCUGUUGAUCGCCCUCCUUGCUGCGCUUUUGAUGGUUGGUUGA